AUGGGACAAACAGAUCAACCCGUUGCAAACGCCGAUUACCUUGAAAUGUUUGUAGCGUCCAGACCUAAAUGGGAAAUCGAUUUCUCGAAUGUCUCUGAAGUUUGUGAGGUGAUUGCGUAUGAGCGCGUAGUGCUCUUUUCGAUAGGAUUUUUCUCAAGAGAUUGGAAGGAAGGAAGGAAGGAAGGAGAAGAGGAAGUGGCUCACAAAUACAAGAAAUUGGAUAUUCGAAUUGACCGGGCGGGUCAGAUACGUAGACCGGCUGACCCAGGCCCGUUGACCGAUGUUUUGGGCCUAAAUUACAAUUGGGCCACCUAUUACAUGAUAUGA